CCGGUCACGUUCACGCUUUCAAUAUAAGUGGCGACGCGGCACCACCGCUUCAGGAUCUCUUUUUGGCUGCACGUCUCAUAACUCGUCCCCAUCGCACUCUCUACUCUGCAUCCUCUCUCAGGGGUUUCAAAUUGAAUUUCAGAUUUGAUCUUAAUGAAUUCAAGAACCACUGGACCAUCCUCUGUUUCCUGCAAAUUGGGAAACAACAACAGCUGCUUCUUCUGGAUUCUGUUUUGCUUGUUGCCAAAGUUUCUGGGGACUCCUAUUGCACACGAUAACUUUCUUUUGGUUAAGGCUAUUGAUAGGAGUCUCUCUGCAGUUCUUAUCUUGGAGACUUGUACAGAGAUCACAAUUUAGCCCGUGAUAAAUUUGGCCAACUGCAGUUGGCUUCUGUGGAGAGUGAUUGUUUAAGCUGUCUGCAGUUGGCACCUUAAUAGUAUUUGGUAACAUGGUUUCCUCUCAAUCGUCUGGGUUGACCAAGACCUCCAUAUACAAACCAUUGCAAAGCCAGUUGCUUUUUCCUGAGAACCCUCCAGACAUUCUAGUCUCAGACCACGUUGAGCUAGACUUUGCAGAUGUAUUUGGUCCUUUGCCAGUCCAUGCAUCAACCCAAGUGAAUGGUGAUUUGGCAAAUCCUUUGGCUGGGACAGAUGUUUCUGAGCUUAUUUAUGAUGAUCCAGUUGUUAUUUACAACCGUUCACAUUCAUUGGUUGGUCCCUCUUCUUGUGUUAGCCAGUCACUGAAGCUCAAUAAACUCACUUUACAUGAGACGGAGGAUUCUAUGGAACUAGUGGAACUUGAGGAAUCAUCUAUAGAUGAUGAUGCUGAUGAGCAAGCUGUUGAGGAUGCUAGUGGAGAUUCUUUGGAGGUCCGUGGUGUAGGGAUUGAUGAUUUUGAGGUUCUGAAAGUUGUUGGGCAAGGUGCUUUUGGGAAAGUUUAUCAGGUUAGGAAGAAGGGUACAUCGGAAAUAUAUGCGAUGAAAGUCAUGCGGAAAGACAGGAUAGUGGAGAAGAAUCAUGUUGAGUACAUGAAAGCAGAGAGGGAUAUUCUGACAAAAAUAGAUCAUCCCUUCAUUGUCCAACUUAAAUACUCUUUCCAGACCAAAUAUAGAUUAUACCUUGUUUUGGAUUUCAUCAAUGGGGGUCACCUCUUUUUUCAGCUCUAUCAUCAUGGCCUUUUCAGAGAGGAUCUGGCUCGUAUAUAUGCUGCUGAGGUUGUUUCUGCUGUUAGCCACCUUCAUGCAAAUGGUAUAAUGCAUAGGGAUCUAAAACCUGAAAAUAUCCUGUUGGAUGCUGAUGGCCAUGUAAUGUUGACUGAUUUUGGCCUGGCAAAGCAAUUUGGCGAAAAUACAAGAUCAAACUCAAUGUGUGGAACAGUUGAAUAUAUGGCACCUGAAAUUGUUCUUGGGAGGGGCCACGAUAAGGCCGCAGAUUGGUGGAGUGUAGGAAUUCUAUUAUAUGAGAUGCUAACCGGAAAGCCUCCUUUUAUUGGUGGGAACAGGGAGAAAAUUCAACAGAAGAUAGUUAGGGACAAGAUCAAACUACCAGCUUAUUUGUCAAGUGAAGCACAUUCUUUGUUGAAAGGGCUGCUACAAAAAGAUGCCAGCAAGCGCCUAGGAAGUGGACCUACAGGGAGUGAAGAAAUUAAGCGUCACAAGUGGUUGAAGCCAAUCAACUGGAAGAAAUUGGAGGCGAGGGAGAUCCAGCCCAGUUUCCGUCCAGAAGUAGCUGGGAAGCACUGCAUUGCAAAUUUUGAGAAGCGAUGGACUGACAUGCCACUGUCAGAUUCUCCAGCUGCCAGCCCCAAGAGUAAUGUAAACCCUUUUGUGAACUUCACUUAUGUGAGGCCCGCAGCCUCGUUCCUUCAAAAGAACAGCCCUGUGUGGUAGCUUGUCAUAUUUGUCAAUUUGCAUGGUGCGAGUUUGAAAUGGUUUUAUUCAGAAAACAUUUGGUUAUCGUCUUAUGGGAUGUAGUAUACUGUGCCUGCCAAUGGACAAAAGGUCAUUUGAUCUGUUGAAUUGUAUUUGAAAUUCUUACUUAAUUACCGUGGAUUGUGUGUUACUUCUUCACACAUUCAAACAAAAGUCUUGCUGAUUGGCGUUUGAGAGUUUAA